UGUGAGAAGGAAGGUAUGGAUAGUAACAUCCACCUCAGUAGUUUGAUAAGUCGACACGAUGACGAAGCCACAAGAACAUCUACCUCAGAAGGACUGGAGGAGGGUGAAGUGGAGGGAGAGACUCUCCUGAUUGUAGAAUCAGAAGAUCAGGCAUCCGUGGACUUAUCUCAUGACCAGAGUGGGGAUUCCCUCAACAGCGAUGAAGGAGAUGUGUCGUGGAUGGAGGAGCAACUGUCCUACUUCUGUGACAAGUGUCAAAAAUGGAUACCGGCCAGUCAGCUGAGGGAACAACUCAGUUACCUUAAGGGUGAUAAUUUUUUUAGGUUUACUUGUUCUGAUUGCUCGGCAGAUGGCAAGGAACAGUAUGAGAGGCUGAAGCUGACAUGGCAACAAGUUGUCAUGUUGGCAAUGUACAACUUGUCUCUGGAAGGAAGUGGACGUCAAGGUUAUUUCAGGUGGAAAGAAGACAUCUGCUCUUUUAUUGAAAAGCAUUGGACUUUUUUACUAGGGAAUAGGAAAAAGACUUCUACGUGGUGGAGCACAGUAGCAGGUUGCCUCAGCGUGGGAAGUCCUAUGUACUUUCGUUCAGGUGCUCAGGAAUUUGGAGAGCCUGGAUGGUGGAAACUUGUUCAUAACAAGCCCCCAACAAUGAAACCUGAAGGAGAGAAGUUGUCUGCUUCCACUUUGAAAGUAAAAGCAGCCUCAAAACCAACAUUGGAUCCCAUCAUUACUGUUGAGGGACUGAGAAAACGGGUGAGCCGGAAUCCUGUGGAAUCUGCCAUGGAACUAAAGGAGAAAAGGUCUCGAACUCAGGAAGCCAAAGACAUUAGAAGAGCUCAGAAGGAAGCAGCUGGCUUUCUGGACAGGAGCACAUCUUCUACCCCUGUGAAAUUUAUAAGCCGAGGCCGCAGGCCAGACGUGAUUCUUGAAAAAGGAGAAGUAAUUGAUUUCUCAUCCUUGAGCUCCUCUGACCGCACCCCUCUAACAAGCCCAUCUCCUUCUCCCUCUCUGGAUUUCUCUGCCCCAGGGACUCCUGCCUCUCAUUCUGCCACGCCUAGCUUGCUUUCAGAAGCUGAUCUGAUUCCAGAUGUGAUGCCACCGCAAGCCCUGUUUCAUGAUGAUGAUGAGAUGGAAGGUGAUGGGGUCAUAGACCCAGGGAUGGAGUACGUCCCGCCCCCAUCUGGGUCAGCAGCUUCUGGCCCAGUGGUCGGAGGCAGAAAAAAGGUCAGAGCACCUGAACAGAUAAAGCAGGAGAUAGAGAGUGAGGAGGAAAAGCCUGACAGGAUGGAUGUUGACAGUGAAGACACAGAUUCAAACACAUCUUUGCAAACAAGAGCUCGAGAAAAGAGGAAGCCUCCACUGGAGAAAGACACAAAACCAAAAGGGCCCAAGUAUACUCCUGUGAGCAUCUAUGAGGAAAAGCUUCUGCUCAAGAGGUUGGAAGCCUGUCCCAGUGCAGUUGCUAUGACACCAGAAGCUCGGAGACUGAAGCGGAAAUUGAUUGUCAGACAAGCGAAGAGGGAUAGGGGAUUACCACUUUUUGACUUGGAUCAAGUUGUUAAUGCUGCUCUUCUGUUAGUUGAUGGGAUUUAUGGAGCCAAAGAAGGAGGAGUUUCCAGGCUUCCAGCUGGACAAGCCACGUACCGAACUACCUGUCAGGACUUCAGGAUCCUUGACCGAUACCAGACUGCCUUGCCAUCCAGGAAAGGAUUUCGGCACCAGACCACCAAGUUUUUGUAUCGUUUAGUGGGAUCAGAAGAUAUGGCUGUGGACCAAAGUAUUGUCAGCCCUUAUACUUCUCGAAUUUUGAAGCCCUAUAUCAGGCGUGAUUAUGAGACAAAGCCACCCAAACUGCAGCUCCUGUCACAGAUUCGUUCCCACCUACACAAGAAUGACCCUCACUGGACACCUGAACCCGAUGCGCCUCUCGAUUACUGCUAUGUUCGACCAAAUCACAUCCCAACGAUCAACUCUAUGUGUCAGGAGUUUUUCUGGCCUGGCAUUGACCUGUCUGAGUGCCUGCAGUAUCCAGACUUCAGUGUAGUCGUCCUUUAUAAAAAAGUCAUUAUUGCCUUUGGCUUCAUGGUUCCUGAUGUGAAGUACAAUGAAGCAUAUAUUUCAUUUCUGUUUGUCCAUCCUGAAUGGAGAAGAGCGGGGAUUGCAACUUUCAUGAUCUAUCAUCUGAUUCAGACCUGCAUGGGCAAGGAUGUAACCCUUCACGUCUCAGCAAGCAACCCCGCUAUGUUGCUCUACCAGAAGUUUGGAUUCAAGACUGAAGAGUAUGUUUUAGAUUUUUAUGAUAAAUAUUACCCGUUGGAGAGUACAGAGUGUAAACAUGCGUUCUUUCUGAGGCUGCGGCGCUGACAUGAACCCGGCUCUUCCAGAGAAAUGUGUGGGCUAUCAGAGAAUGGGUCUUCACAGAGACCUGCAGGCAGUCACUCAUUUCAUAGUGGGCUCUCAUCUCCUCUGCAAUUAGACAGAUGGGCCUCCACACCUCAGCUGGGAGAACCGAGCAUUGGGCAGUGGAGUGAGUGCUGAGGAGCAGUCACCCUUUAGUCCUUCGUGGAGCAACCUUCAGCCAACAUCCUGGAUUCCAUCAUUUACUAAAACUGAAUACUGCUGCUGUCCCUCCCUCCACCUGACAGCUUGUGAGAAUGAAGGAACUUCUAGAUUGAUAUUCUUGGUGAGAGAGAAUCUGUGUGUCUUAAUUUAGAGGACAGGAAACCCAAGAAGGCACUGUGUCCUGGGAUAAGAGAAAUGAUUACAGAAAAGGAUUCCUACCCUAUUCCCAGUCAGUGAUGUAUUGACAUUAGGUCCAGGAGGACUUCUAGGGCAUUGAAGUUCUCUUGACUUUUGCUGACUUCUGUCACUGUCAGGAAAAAUAAACUAAAUAUCUGUGUCUACAUAUGGCUUUAUCUGUU